AGCAACUCAAUACUCAGAAACCAUGGAAAGUCAAAGUUUCAGUUCCAUUAUUUUGUCAUCUCUUCUUCUUUCUCUUCUCUUAACUUCAGCUUCUGCUCAACUUCGUGAAGACUUUUACAAGACCUCGUGCCCCAAUGUUGAAUCCCUUGUUCGCUCUGCCGUUCAAAAGAAGUUCCAGCAGACCUUCGUCACUGCUCCGGCAACUCUCCGACUCUAUUUCCACGAUUGCUUCGUUCGGGGAUGUGAUGCUUCAGUUAUGCUGGCAAAUAGUAGUCCUGAGAAGGAUCAUCCUGAUGACAUUUCGCUCGCCGGAGAUGGAUUUGACACUGUGAUCAAAGCUAAGGCAGCUAUCGAUAGUGUUCCUCAGUGCAGAAACAAAGUCUCUUGUGCUGAUAUUCUAGCUCUUGCUACUAGAGAUGUCGUUUCCUUGACUGGGGGACCAUUUUAUAAAGUAGAAUUGGGAAGACGUGAUGGGAGAAUAUCGACAAAAGCAAGCGUUCAACGUAGACUUCCUCACCCUGAGUUUAAUUUAGAUCAACUUAACUCCAUGUUUGCCUCACAUGGUCUCACCCAAACUGAUAUGAUCGCAUUGUCAGGCGCACAUACUCUUGGAUUUUCUCAUUGCAGCAAAUUCUUCAACAGACUUUACAACUUCAGCACCAAGAACAAGACUGAUCCCACCAUAAACCCUAACUAUGCAUCGCAACUAAAAGGAAUGUGCCCCAAAAAUGUUGAUCCAAGAAUCGCAAUCAACAUGGACCCAUCGACGCCACAGCAGUUCGACAACGCCUACUUCAAGAACCUUAAACAAGGAAUGGGGUUGUUCACCUCCGAUCAAAUUUUGUUCACUGAUCCAAGAUCAAGAGCGACGGUUGAGCUCUUUGCAUCAAACAAUGCAGCUUUUCAAAAAGCUUUCAUUACUGCUAUUACGAAGCUCGGUCGAGUCGAUGUUAAGACUGGAAAUCAAGGAGAAAUUCGGAGAGAUUGUUCUCUUGUGAACUAGAGAUUUGGUUAAUCUAGUAUUAUUAGCUAGAUCAAUUCUUUAGUUUGUAUUAUUCUAAAGCGUUUUUGUUUA